GACCGUCCUGUCCUGGGAUUGUUUUUCUGCCUGAGGGAGGAACAGAUCAGUAUGGGAGGGACCGAUAAGAGAGGAAAGGGCAGAGGCGUGGGUAAUGUCUGUAAGUACAGAAAGGGAAAAGCUCGAGAAAACCACAAACCCACAGGUGAGACCCCCCCCCCCUUAAUGACUUGCAGAUACAUUUCAAGCACUUUCCUUCACAUCCAGAGACGUAACAUUGUUAAACUAAUGAUCACAGAUUGGUACAGAGGGGAGACAGCUAAUGGCCUUUGUGAUAAGCCUGUAAUUGAGGGAUAAUAUAGGAAGAGCCUUCAGCUAAUAAGCAGUCUGGGGUCCACAGACAAACUAGUGUAAGAGUUUUAGUAAAAUGAAGUAGGCUGUGUUUUCUAGGUAACAAAGUUGUGCAGAAACUUUUUAUUAAGUGGCAUAUGAUCAGAUAUGCUAUAUAUUUAUAAAAACAUACACUGCAUCCUGUGAUCUGUUGCCAUAUUUCAGUAUGUUGGUUAUUUGCUAAAGUGAACAUUUGCCAGGAAUUCUAGAGAUUAUUUUAAAUCCUAGUAAUGCACACCCAUUCUGAUGUUCAUGAAAGGUAAUUUUAGGCAUAUUGGGACAAAAUACAGAGCAAAUAGAAUGUAAUGAAAUAUUUCUGCUGGUUGCUACAAGUUGUAGAACUUUGCAGCAGUUUGUGCAUCUUGUAAAUGUUAAUAUGCAAAGAGUUUCCUGUCUCUUUAAACCCUUUCAACAACACAAUAUUUUCACUUCCUACUACUCUUUAUUAAAUGGUAAGGGCACUCAUAUCUUUUAUUUCCUCAUUUAUUCAAUGGUCUCAUAAGUCUGUCUAAAGUCUGUAUAAAGAAAAUGUAUUCUUGCAAGCGCUUUUUUUUUUUUUUUUUAAACAAAUGCCCUAAUAUAAGAUGCCUUACUUACCCGAUUAAAUUCAUGUAUCGACUUCAUAAGAUGUCUGUAAAAUAGAUAUUGGGAAAACAAAACAAUGCUUUGGUCUUUUGCAGAAAAUCACAGAACUCACAUCUGCAUUUACUUUUCCUUAACCAGGUACUGAUCAAGAUUUCUUUAACCCCUAAAGGACUGAGCCCAAUGUACACGUUGUGAACAAAAAACAUAAACAAAACCUGGCAUUUGCGCUACAUAUCUGUCCAACUGUAAUUCACCUCUUUCAUAUUAAAGGCACCCACCCUUAUUAUAUAUCAUUUUAUUCAGGGGAAACAGGGCUUUCAUUUAAUAUCAAAUAUUGUAGCUAUAAAACAUAAUUUAAUAUGAAAACAAUGGGAGAAAAUAAAAUGUUAUUUUUUUAGUUCUACAUGACAUUUUAACUGUCAAUGUAAAUACUGUUUGCUUUUACUGAAAUAAAAUACACAUAUUUGUAUUCAGCAAAGUCUCACGUGUAAAACAGUACCCCCUAUGUACAGGUUUUAUGGUGUUUUGGGAAGUUACAUGGUCAAAUAUAGCACGUUACAUUUGAAAUUGAAAUUUGCCAGAUUGGUUACGUUGCCUUUGAGACUGUAUAGUAGCCCAGGAAUGAAAUUUACACCCAUAAUGGCACACCAUUUGCAAUAGUAGACAACCCAAGGUAUUGCAAAUGGGGUAUAUCCAGUCUUUUUUAGUAGCCAUUUGGUCACAAAUACUGGCCAAAGUUAGCGUUAAUAUUUGUUUUUGUGUGAAAAAUACAAAAAACGCCAGUUUUGGCCAGUGUUUGUGACUAAGCUGCUACUAAAAAAGACUGGACAUACCCCAUUUGCAAUACCUUGGGUUGUCUACUAUUGAAAAUGGUAUGCCAUCAUAUGGGUAAUGUUCAUUGUUGGGCUACCAUAGGGUCUCAAAGGUAACGUAACCAAUCUUGUGAAUUCUUAAUGUGAAAAAAAUGAAGCACAAGCCUUAUGUUUGACACUGUAACCUUUGAAAACACCAUAAAACCUGUACUUGAGAGGUACUGUUGUACUCGGGAGACUUCGCUGAACACAAAUAUUUGUGUUUCAAAACAGUAAAAAGUAUCACAGCAAUAAUAUCGUUUGUGUGUGAAAAAUGCAAAAAAAAGUCACUUUUACUGGCAUAUCAUUGUGUAAUACAUUUUACUGUUUUGAAACACUAAUAAUCGUGUUCAGCGAAGUCUCCCGAGUAAAACAGUACUCCCCAUGUACAGGAUUUGUGGUGUCUUGGAAAGUUAUAGGGUUCAAUAUAGUGCUAGCAAAUUAAAUUCCCUGUACUUUCAGCAUGGAUUGUCAGGCAGGUCCCGCUAAUUGUAAUUAAUUAAAAUACUUAAUUAUGUAAAAAUAUAUAACAUUAAAAUAUAUAUAUAUAUACAUAUAUAUAUAUAUAUAAAAGGGGCUGCGAGAUAGCAAAGAUAAGACCUGCAACCCUCAAAAGGGAAUCCCUCAAGAACCCUAAUAAGAUGUAGAAAAAAGAAAGAAGUGGUGAAGGGCUGUGCUGGAUAAAAAUUAAAUAAAAUAUAAAAAUGUAAAAUAAGUGGAUAUUAAAAUAGUAUAAUAAAAUACAAUAAAAAGGUAAAGCAAAGUCCGUGCACUAAUAAGAAUUAGACUUAAAAAGUCCAAUAUCUCUAUCUAUCUAUCACAAGAUCAAGCGCACUCACCUAUCCACUAAACAGCAACUUCAAUGUUGAAAGAUUUUGUUUUUUUAAAAACACCUAAUCUAGGCAAAAAUAAUGGGGGUUUAGUUACAUUAUAUGAUCAUACAUUGCAUAAGCCUGCCACAACAUCAAUGUACCGAAUCUUUGGCAGGUCUUACUCGAACAGCCUAAUGUCUGCUCUUAUGAGAUUAACCCACUUACUUGGGGGGAAAAAAAAUCCAUCUGGGGCUCUCUGCAGUACAAGGCUAAAUAGGGCCCUAGGAUGCGGCACCUGUGACAGGGAAGGGUGCAAAACCAAGGAGUUGGCUAUACUCCCAAAUAUAUAUUUGAAACAAGGGGGUGUGGCUGCACUCACCUGAACAUGCAUAAAUGGGGUGCUGCUGGGGGCCAAAUUAUACAAUACAGUGCGCUGGAUCUUGUGUAUUGUAUAAUUUGGCCCCCAGCAGCACCCCAUUUAUGCAUGCUCAGGUGAGUGCAGCCACACCCCCUUGUUUCAUAUAUAUAUAAUUUUUAAAAUAUUUUUAUUUAUAUAUAGUGAUAUAUACUUACAUAUUUAUGUAUAUAGAUAUAUAUUAUUUCGUUCUACGUGUAUUUUGAUAUAAAUAUAUAUAUUAAUAUCACAAUACAGUUAGAAUGAAAUAAAACACAUCUAUAUAUUUUUUAAUUAUUUUUUAAAUUAUUUUUUUAUUUUAUUUUUUAACGUAUUUACAUUUUUUAAAUUAUAUAUAUAUAUAUAUAUAACAAUAAUUAUAUAUAUUUAAUCAGUAUCAGUCUACGUGUAAUUUGAUAUUAAUAAAUAAAUAUAUAUUAUAUAUAUAUAUAUUUAUUAAUGGUAAAAUACACCUAGACAGUGUAUGUAUAUGUGUCUGUAUGUAUGUAUGUGUAGAUAUAUAUAUAUAUAUAUAUAUAUAUAUAUAUAUAUAUAUAUAUAUAUGAUCUAAGUAUAUAAAAAAAAUUUUUUUACACUGAUUUUAAUUUAAAAUGCAGCAAUGCAGCAGCCAAUGGCAAUGCAGCAGCCAGCUAACCCGGCCAUGUGAUUGUGAGGUCCUCACUCUCACAUGGCCAGGUGGGGGGCCGGAGGAGGCAGGAUACGCUGCUGCUAUUACGCUCUGCGGCGUUUAGAGCCGCUUAGAAUAGUAUGCCCUCAGGGUUUUAAGGGGUUAAUUCCUAGAUUCUCGUUCAUUGCAGUGUGGAAACAUAUUUAUAUAGGCAACACAGUAUUUCUCAUUUAUAGAAAGAUGGUUCCAAGAAACAUUUUUAUCAUUCCCCAAAUAAUGCAUUAAAUCAGUUGUAAUCCGUAGUACCUAAAACUUGUGUCCCUCUCUGGUUUCUUAAAGGGACACUAUAGUCACUAAAACAACUUUAGCGUAAUGAAGCAGUUUUGGUGUAUAGAACAUGCCCCUCCAGCCUCGCUGCUCAAUUCUCUGCCAUUUAGGAGUUAAAUCACUUUGUUUAUGAACCCUAGUCACACCUCCCUGCAUGUAACUUGCACAGCCUCCCUAAACACUUCCUGUAACAAGUCAUCUAAAGUUUAUCCUUUCUUUAUUGCAAGUUGUGUUUAAGUUAAAUUUUCUUAUUCCCUGCUAUGUUAAUAGUUUGCUAGACCCUGCAAGAGCCUCCUGUAUGUGACUAAAGUUCAAUAUACAGAGCAAGAAAUAACAUUGUUUAAAGGGACACUCCAGGCACCCAGACCACUUCUGUCCAUUGGUCUGGUCUGGUCUGGUCUGGGUGCCAACUUACACUACCCUUAACCCUGCAAGUGUAAUUAUUGCAGUUUUUAUAAACUGUAAUAAUUACCUUGCAGGGUUAAGUCCUCCUCUAGUGGCUGUCUUUCAGACAGCCACAAGAGGGACUUCCGUGUUCUUAGAACCCGAAAAGUGUUUUAAGCGACUCUGGACAGUCCUCACACUAUGUGAGGACCUCCUGUGUCCCCGAAAUACCCAUAGGAAAGCAUUGAAUAAUGCUUUCCUAUGGGGAAGUCUAAUGCGUGUGCGCAUUAGGUCUCCCCUGCCGGCUGACGUCGGCGGUGGAGGAGAGUAGGCAGAGCCGGACCCAGCACUGAGGGACAUCCGCGCUGGACUCCGGUAAGUCACUGAAGGGGUUUUAACCCCUUCAGCAAUUUGGGAUGGGGGGGUGGGAGGAAGAGGGCCACUGUAGGGUCCUAAUGUGUUUUUUUUCUGGCACUGAAGAGUCCCUUUAACCCCUUAAGGACACAUAACAUGUGUGACAUGUCAUGAUUCCCUUUUAUUCCAGAAGUUUGGUCCUUAAGGGGUUAAGAUUGAAAGUAAAACCAGUAUUUUUUUUUUCAUGCAGGCUGUGUCAAUCAUAGCCAGAGGAGGUGUGGCAAGGGUUGCAUAAACAGAAACAAAGCGAUUUAACUCCUAAAUGGCAUUGAAUUGAGCAGUUAAACAUGAGAGGCAUGAUCUAUACACUAAAAUAGAUUCAUUAAGCUAAAGUUGUUUAGGUGACUAUAGUGUUCCUUUAAAUUACAAUAAUAAACAUAAAUGACAUUGUAUAAAUACAAACAAGCUAUUGGUUAAAGAGACACUUUAACCACCAUUGCCAUUGUGGUAUAUUGUAGCAGCUAUGGUGUUGUGAGUUUAUAUGUACACCGUCUUUUGUGAAACUUUAUUGGAGCAGUUUGAUAUUUAAAAAAAAAUAUAUAUAUUUAUUUCUCACUGAACCUGUAGCCCUGUGUCAAUAUGAAUUCACCCAACACUGUGUAGCAAUGAGAAACUGAGGGCAGAGUUUUAAAGAAAUAAUACUUGAUAAAUUAAUUUGCAAUAAGAAUCUAUGUUUAAAAGCUAUAGGUUUUCAUGUUCUUUCGUAUGUCAUUAGUUUAGGUUCAUAAUUAAAUACAUUGCCAUAAGUUAGGUUUCAUAUUUGCAGUUAAAUUGUAAAAACCUAUAUAAGCAUGCAAUUUUACACUUGGAAUUGCACUCUUUUCCUUAUCUCCUCAAAUUCAGGUUAUGUGACUUAAUGGCUGUCUUUAUCCGAAGAUCGUACUAAUAUAGAACUCCUCUCUGCACGUGUAUGAGUGACAACCCUUUACUGGAUUAAUGGGUAAUUUUUCUAUUGAUGAUGCGUUUGAGGUGUCUAUGGAGGACACAGGAUCCAGGUUUGGAGCCCUGCAUUUUAGUGGGGAUACAGAUGCCCAGCAGAACAGGCACAAAUACCAGGUUUGUUCUUAUAAUUACUUUUUUUUUUUUUUUUUUUUCAAUAACUUUUUAUUAGUUUUUCAACACAGAUAUACAGAGAGUUUUUCAAGUAGUUCAAUGACAGGCGUCUCAUUGUAAACAUCAAAACAUAUCGUUAUAGGACUAUAGCUUCAGGAAAUUCAAUCAGACCUAUAUCUUACAUCAACAUAUUAAUAAAACAAACUGUUGCUGGUUUCGUACUGAGUUUGGCAUUGGGCGUGACCGGGCAAUCCCCCGUGGCCUGCAAUGCUAAGGUAAAACUACUGUCAGCGGCCCUCCAUGUCUCUUGUUUAAAUACUAGAAUAUGGGAGUGUGCGUAAUAUUAAACUGUUAUCGACGGUGCGAUCUAGUUGAUGGUAUUUCAAAUGUUUGGACUCUGGUCUCGUAGCGUUGGCAGUGGGGCUAACCAGUUACUCCUAUCCAUCAGAGCGUAUGUUCAUGGAUCCCCGUGUGCUUGUUGUGUAAUUACUUUCUCCUAUAAUGCACCCUUGACUUUUUUACUUCUGAGAAUUGGAUGCAUAUGUUUAAUUCAAAUUAAUUUGAAACUUCAAAAAACAAAACUUGUUACCUACAGUAACCCAGUCACAUUCACUCAGCCACAUAAAUAUCACAUACCUCCUUACAGUCACAUGGAGUAUCCUAGCUAGUUACAUUAACUCUACCCACUGAAUUCCAUAUAUUUAACUAGGGCCACCAUCAAGGGGUUAGAGAUGAUAUGACUGUGCAGGGCCCUAUAUUCGGUAUGUUUAUAUAUAUAUAUAUAUAUAUAUACAUAUAUAUAUAUAUAAAUAUAUAUAUAUAUGAGAGAAUUGUAAUAAAUGUAUAUGUACACACAUACCAACAACUCUUGCAAUCCCAGCUUUUCAGAGUGAGCCCUGGCUGUGAGAGUAAGAGGACCUGCAAAAUGUGAAAGCAUGGGCCAGGCCAUGGCUGUCUCCUGGGCCCCCUUUUUACUGUUGAAGUCAAGACAUAUACACUGCAUACUUGGGAGUGGGCACUGUGGGCGGGUUUUGGGGGUUCCAUACAUUAAGCUGUGUAAAGGGCCCCAAAAUCUCUGAUGGCAUCUCUAUAUUUACCAAGGUAGUUACAUUCACCCCUCAGUCACUUGCCCAACCAAAACCACACUUGCCUACUGUGUCACAUCUUAUCCAUCAUCAAUCGUCCUGUUCACAUACCCAAACCCACCAAGUCACAAAUGCCUCUCCACCCAUCGACCAACCAUUUCCUCCAUAGAUUAUGCACAAGCUCACAUACACUAAUUAUAUACAGGCCCUCAUACAAACAUUACAAAGGUGCACAUACACAGGGCCAGCCUGGCAUCAGUGUCCCUAUGUAUCACAGUGUCAGUGUCCCCAUGUCGCCCAGUCCCCUAGUCUCCCAGUGUCUGUGUCCCCAUGUCUCAGUGUGUUCCGUGUCACUAGGGAACACUGAGAGACUUGGGGACACUGGGAGACAUGGGGGCUCUUGUGGAUACAGACAUGGGGACACUGGAAGACAUGGACAUACUGGGAGACAUGGGGACACUGGGAGAAAUGGGGUCAAAGACACUAGGGGCACAGAGACAUGGGGACACAGACAUUUGGGAAAACUAAGACACUAGGGACACUGAGAGACAUGGAAACACAGACACUGGGAGACUAGGGGAAACAUGGGGACACUGAGACACUAGGGACACUGGCUGGGAGGCAUGGGGACACAUACACUUGGGGACACUGGGAGACAUGGGGGCACUUGUACACAUAGACAUGGGGACACUGAGACAUUUGGGGACACUAGAGACACAGACAUGGGGACACAGACACUGGGAGACAUGGGGACACUGAGACACUAGGGACACUGGCUGGGAGACAUGGGGACACUGGGAGCCAUGGGGACACUGAGACACUAGGGACACUGGCUGGGAGACAUGGGGACACAUGGAGGCACUGUGUCCCUAGUGUCUUCGUGUCCCAAUAUGUCUCACAGCAUCCUCUAGUGUCUCAGUGUCCCCAUGUCUCCCUGCUGCCAAUCCCCCCCACCCCCUUCACAUACUUGAGCUGCUGUCUGGACUCUCUGUGCUGUGUAGCUCUUCCCCUGCGGAUCAGUGAUUAGAGAGAGGCAGGGAGGGAGAUGCUGUAACUUCCUAUCUCUGCCUCUGUCCAUACACAGUGACCCUUACUGGCCGGUGCUGGUAUUGCAGAGUAAUCUCUGUUAUACUGAGAAAAAUAUUUGCAUUUGUAUUACCGGUAUUACUGCAAUAUUACGGCAGGGCCAGGCAGCCUCAAAUACCGGCUGUGCCUUAAAAUAUCGGUUGUGCCUUAAAAUACCAGCCAGGUGGCAAACCUAAGAGUAGUGUGUAAAAAAUAAAUAAAAAAAUAGGCCUAUUCCAUGUGCCUGGAGCUGCAGGCUGUUAAUCCGGCCCUGCACAUACACAAUAUGCAUAUGAAGUGACAAGCAGAGCUUAUCCAAAAAUAUUAAAUCAAGAGCUAGGUUUACUAUGAUGCUCUUUACUGUGAAAGCUCUUUCCAUAAUAAUGUCACCCAAGUGUCCAUGACUCUUAGCACAUCCCUAGUGCAGUUAUUUCCAAUAUAAAGUGUUUAGAGGGAUGCAUUAAAGGACCACUCUAGGCACCCAGACCACUUCAGCUUAAUGAAGUGGUCUGGGUGCCAGGUCCAGCUAGGGUUAACCCAUUUUUUUAUAAACAUAGCAGAGAAACUGCUAUGUUUACAAAUGGGUUAAGCCUUCCUCCAAUUCCUCUAGCGGUUGUCUCAUUGACAGCCGAUAGAGGCGCUUGCGUGAUUCUCACUGUGAAAAUCACAGUGAGAACACGCAAGCGUCCAUAGGAAAGCAUUGUAAAUGCUUUCCUAUGCGACCGGCUGAAUGCGCGUGCAGCUCUUGCCGCGCGUGCGCAUUCAGCUGAAUGGGAGGAACGGAGGAGGAGAGCUCCCCGCCCAGCACUGGAAAAAGGUAAGUUUAACCCCUUUCCUCUCCCCAGAGCCGGGCGGGAGGGGGACCCUGAGGGUGGGGGCACACUCAGGGCACUAUAGUGCCAGGAAAACGAGUAUGUUUUCCUGGCACUAUAGUGGUCCUUUAAUAUGUAUACACCACAAAAUAUUUAGCCUAAUCCCACCACCAAUAUAGAAAUAGAUAACUGGCAUGUGAUUAUCUGUGUCAACUUCCCCAAAGGGCUUUCCCAGUAGGAAUCUCUUUAAAUACAACAGUAUACCAAAACCAUAUACACAGAGUCAACUGUUUCACAGAAUACAAAUAAACAUAGCAUAGUGUUUGUAUACAGUUUGUAUACAUCAAGUAUUGCUGUAUCGGAUUGCACUCACAAUAGGAGUUUAGAGUAUCUUUAGCCAACUGUAUUGCAGCAAAUUAUAUUUGGGCAAAGUUGUCCUAUUCUUAUGUCCAUUAGAUGGGGCAUUGCUUUCACAAAGCUUUUUCAUGGAAAUAAAACUGAACAACCACCAGCUGUUUGCAAAGCACGUUAACAUUCUAACAAGUGCCCACUGAAUGGGAGUGCACCAUUGAUUCCAUUAUCUGCAUAUUGUGUCUAUUUGUCUUACAGUAUCUCUCAUCCUCAAUUUUUUUUAUUUGUUUUACUGUGGAUAUUUUUUUUUUCUUGUUUUAGAAUUUGGAGAACUAUGAAGAAAUCACUGAUAUUAAGGUCAAAGACACAGAAAGGUAAACUUAAACUUCAUUUAUAUGUGUGAAUACAUAUAUCACUUGACAUUUCUAGAAUUAUGCUUAUUUUUCGUAAACUCUUCUGCUUACAUAGUGUUUUUCUCAUCCAUAUUUUCAUAAUGUUUUAGGACAUUUGUGACUGUUUGUUAUGUUUGAGGUGGUGAAUUUUGCAGAGGAUGUACAUAAGAUAUUGUUAUCUCAACAAAGUAAUGGGUGCUGCCAUUUAAUGACCAUCAAAGGUAUGGGAAGGAGCCACAGUUUUCUCAAACCAUUUGAAAACAGUGCGUCAGUAAGCUGGUUGAUGGUAACGAAAGACUGAAUAGCACCAUAAUUGUUGCAAUGUGCUGUUCUCCUUAGUGUCCCUUUUAAGUAUAAAAUAUUCACAUUUAAUACUUACAAACCAUCAUACAUUCUAUACACCUACUAGCUGUUAAAUUUAUAAUGUCAAAAUUAACCAUUUUUAAGCAGCAAUUUUGACUCUCUUGCAUUCCUCAUUGUGUCCAUAGUUUGUAGAUACACGAGUAUUAUUUGUUUGUUUUUUCAUCUGAAUGUUUUGACACAUCUUUCUCCCCCAGAAGUUUCCCAACACUGUCAUUUCACAGUUCUCAAUGCUCCCUCAGCACCAUAAGUAACAGCACUCAGCUUUCAAGCCGGAAUUGCUUCAGGUAGUCUGUGUGUGUGUGUCUGUCCUUUUUGCUUUAAUCCAGUUUAUUUUAUAUGUACUUGUCACACAUACAUAGGACACAAGGUCACGUAUUUAGGCUGGAAGCAAGGAGAUUUAGUCUAAGGCAAAGAAAAGUUUUUUUUUUUUUUGUUUUUUUUUUACAGUAAGAACUAUAGGGAUGUGAAAUUAUUUGCCUGAAGAGGUAGUUUUAUCAGAGUCUAUACAUGUGUUUAAACAGCAAAUAAAUAAAUGGGGUAAUAGCUGCUUGAGCCAGGAGCUAUCUGACAGCCAUUUUGGGGUCAAGAAGGAAUUUUUUUCCUAGUUUGUUGCAAAAUUGGUAGCGCUUCAGACUGGGUUUUUUGCCUUCUUUUAAAUCAACAACAAAAACAUAUGUGAGGAAGGCUGAACUUGAUGGCCGCAAGUCUCUUUUCAGCUAUGUAACUAUGUAACACUACAAUCUCACUCGUAAAGGCUAAAUCAGUGCUCCACAGCUCAAAUUUUAUUUUUUUCCCCCACCUGCUGCUAAUGAGUGGGGGAGGGGAUAAUAUGAUCCUUCCUGGUAUAAAUGUAAUAACCCCACCCAUUGAGCAUGGUUGGGGUCAGGGGGAGCUAUGAUGUCCCACAUUUCAAUGGCAUGUGAAGGCAUAGGUAAACCUCCUUUAUAAAAAACAUGGAGGACCUUUUGACCCACAUAGAGUUUUUAACUAUUUAAUGUGGCGACUGGCUAGCAAGUGCCAAGGGUUUUAACUAUUUGCCCGCUGGCUGCUAGUGCUGUCAGCAGGCAAAUCAUUUGAAUUCAGCUUUCUGGUAGUGCUUAGUCUGGCUGAAAUCUGUACCAAAGUCAGGCCCCUUCAGGAUGUGGACAUUGUUAAAUAGUGUGUACAAUGUACGAAUUUUGCAGUUCUAUGGCCCUGUGCAGCUGGAUGGUGUUUUCCUGUCCAAUACAGAACCAUUCAUACUUUAGUGAAUAACCAUUUAAAACCUUCCACUCAGCCCUUGCUGAACAAAGAUUACUCAAUUUUUCCCUUACAAUUUACAAUUGAUAAGGCUAUGGUAGCAUUGAUUUAUGGAUUAGCUCCUCCUGUCCAAGGAGAAAGGACAGGAAACAGAACUGUGAAAUUACUAUAAAUAGUGCCACCCACUUCUUGUCAGUUAGAUUUAGCAUAUAUUUUAUUUUAUAUUCAUCUGGACAAUAUUUUUGCAGGCCUGGCCAGGGUUCAGCCUCUUGCCCGUGAAGACCCAGUAAACAGUAUCUAUACAAAGGUGACUCCCUGGUUGUUCCCUUUUAGUGACUGGGGCUCUGACCUCUCUCCCUGAGGAGAAGAUAUUGGUUCAUGGGGUGCAUAAGAACGUUUAGUUUUAAUUUAGUUUUGACAGAUUAAGCUGUCAGUUUGGAAAAUCACAAUUUGCCAAUGAAACACAGGGAUUUCUAGUUCAACCACUCUUUAUUGGUUAUGUUUACAGCUGGACAAGACACCCACUGAUUCAAAAGAACAAGAAAGUUGUUACUUCAUCUUUCCUUCUGCUACUUUUAGGUUUAGGUGAGUAUAUAUAUCUGUCUCAAUCCUUUCCUAGAUUUCCUAACUUCCCUAAAUACCAGUAAAUGUAUUUUUCUGUCUUUUGCAGUCUUUUUGUUUAUUGGUGUGGGAUUGCAGGUUUCCCCUUCACCAGGUUAGUAGAUGACUGAUUUUAUAUGAUGCAUAUACACUCACUUAUAUAUAAUUUACAAAUAAUCAGCUAAGCAAAUAAUACUAUAUCUUUUUACAGCUGUUUCAAGUGCCAUAUUUUUUGUACCUGGGCUAUUACUCUUGAUACCAGGAGGUGAGAUACGUUUACAAAUAUUUAUCAUUUAAUAAAUGUUUUACAGGAGAAAAUAUCUGGAAUUCCAUCUUAGGAGGCAACAUACAUUACUAACCUUUCAUAUUUAACACCUGAAUAGAGGUCAUGAGGUUUUUUUGUAUUUUUUUUAGUUUAAAAAAAAAAUUGUAACCAGGUAUUUAGUUUUACAUGUACAUUUAACAUAUAUGUGACAUGAUCAGGUGGGAUUCUUGCUUACAACAAUGUCAUUCUCUGUUCUUCCCUUUUCACUUGUGUGUGUGUUUUUUUUCCCUUGCAGUUUACCAUGUUAUAUUCAUAUACUGCGCCGUGCGAGGCAGAUAUGGCUUCCAAUUCUUCUACCUCCCAUAUUUUGAUAAAUGAUCUAAUGAAGAAAGCUUGUUGCUACAUCAACUCUCUCUAAACUAGAUAUGUCAAAUCAAUGCAAAAGAACACCAGGAAAACACUAAAACUAUUAGCAAGAAGAAAAGUAUCUUGUGAAAACAUUAUCUUGCUUUGUGUAUGUUACCAUUAAGUUUAUAAGGCAAUCUGCAUCUUGCUAUAAAGUUUCAGAGCUCUACCUCUUAGGACAAUACCCCUAUUUCUGCAGAUUGUUUUACGCAGAGUGCCUUUAUAUAUAUUUAUAUAAAUAACAAACAUGUUUACAUUGCUUGUAAUUAAUAUUUUAAUGUUACAACAAUGGACAUUUUUAACCAUGUGACGUGCAUACUUUUGUAUACUUUUUGAUCAAAAGUAUAAUUUCGACACAGCUGCUGGGAGACAAGGCCCUUCAAGGAUUUCAUUAUUGUCUGUUCACACUGUGAUAAUUUCUUCAGCAAAGGUUAUCUGGAUGACAACAUCAUGACAAACUCUGAAACAGAUUUAAAGAAAUAGAGAAAACAUGAAAAAGUUGCUUGGUAAAGGAAAAUUCAAGGGGGACUGUCACUUCCCAUAAUUAUUUUAUGUAAGCCUCCAUCGUAGCUACCUGACAAUUGUUGUUAAGACAAUUAGAAAUACUAAUCUGUAGGCUUUGUUAUUCCUAAUUUUAUAUAUAUAGACCUUCCCUGCAACUUUGGCAUAAAAAGGAUUAAAAAAUCCUCCUUUUUACUUACCUUUUUUCCCCGUGCCGAGGGACUGCUUACCACACCUCCUCCCGCGAUGCUCGUUUGCCAGUGUUCCCCAAAGGAAAGCAGUGAAUCAGUGUUUUCCUAUGUAGACUGCAGUCACAUUGCAGACUUUUAAUCGGUUACUAUCACAAGAAGCACCUCUUAGUGACUGUCAGUAUGAAAUUCAGUUUUAAAUUGCUGGAUUAAAUAUACAGAGCCACAGCGCCUAGAGAACUUUGUUGAGAUGAAAUGGCAUGGCUUAUAUUAGUUGUACUUUAACCCCUUAAGGACCAAACUUCUGGAAUAAAAGGGAAUCAUGACAUGUCACACAUUCCUUAAGGGGGUUAAAGGUUCUGUAAUUUGCACCUGGCAGUCAGCAUAGAGAAAACAUAAAAGGAAGAGGAGCAUUUAAAAAAAAAAAUUGUUUGCCCUGACUUUACCUUGCCUAAAUUAGAUCGUGAUAAAUUUGCUAAAUCUUUAAUAUCAAUUGAAAAAACAGAGCAUCUCAUGAAAAAAAUGUUAAGAAGUUACAGCUGAUUUUCCAUGUUUUAUUCCGUUGAGUAAAAAUGUGACAGUUCCCUUUUAAAACAAUUUGCUAAAAUGAAUGUGGUCGUUGUUCAUGUGGCAGCAGCAAGUGACAGAUGAAAUAUUAGUUUGGUCCCCACACUUUUUUCUAUGAAGUAACAUUUUUUGGUAAUUUGUUUUACAUGCUUGAGAUGAUACAAUAAAAAUGAAUUGAUCAGAAAUAAGUAGAACCAGAAAAAAACAUGAUAUAAUCAACCUACAAGCUCCCUUUUGUAAAACUUGUGUUAGAGCAGUGAGAAGCAGAAAGCAUACCACUUUCACUACAAUACAAGUAUAAUGAACAAGAGAUGGGGACUGUACUAGAUCUGUACUGAAAAUACAGAGGGUGCCAAUCAUAUAGCCAGCACCAGGAAAAAAAAAAUGAUGUAAAUUAGAUAAAAAACAAAAUACUGGUGUAGGGUCAAGGUAUUUAUAUUUUUAAUAAAGGGGUUGGCGAGCAAAUGGCAUAUCACCCUUUUAUGAAAAGACAAUGUUGGACGGAAUAGGGUUAGGAAUAGAGGUAAAAAUUAAAGCAGAGGCAAAUAUGGGACCAUGGGCUUCAAUUCAAAAUUAGGAUGAGAAGAUGCAAUGGGUAAUAAAGGGAAAUAAAGAUGUAUUAAGGAAGGUGUAAAUAAACAAUGGGAAUAGGAGGGUUGGCUGAGGAAAAUGUAGGUCUUCUAAAAAUGCACUCACAAUUACUAGACAUGAAACAAGAAAAAAGCACAGGUAUUGCUACAUACUAAAUGGCUACUAAAUGAAGUCCAGAUGAGUCCUUCAAAAUAUGUGUUCACUGUCAUGUUUCAUGCAGCAAAUUAAACAGCGAA